AUGGAAUCGUCCCCUCCUAGGGCCUCGUCCCUCGGUGGCCCAGCUGCGGGCAUGAAGCGUCCAGCUUCACUGCUGCCCGCCUUCGAGCCACUCAGCUCGUCACCAUCUCUUCCUCGACCACAGAAACGACUGGCACGAGACGCGGGGGACUAUCCAACCCCGGUGCCCACCUCGUCGACACAUAUACUGUCUUCGUCUCCUCCUCACUUGCCGUCGACGCGGCCAACGCUGCAACGUAGCGUGUUUUCGACCUCUGAACGCGCUCCCUUGUCCACCGUCCCAACAUUGAUACUUCCCGAGUCUGGCGAGCCGUUGCUCAUGGGAAGAUCGAGCGCGUCGUGCCAUCAUCAACUCUCUGCAAAUCGAUUGAUAUCUCGUGUACACGUAACGGCUGCUUACAAGCCUGCCGGAAACCCAUUUGAUCGUGACCGCGUCGAGAUCGUGUGUACAGGGUGGAACGGCAUCAAGUUGCAUUGCCAAGGGAAAAAAUAUGAUCUGGCUAAAGGGAAGACGUUCUCGUCUGACAUCAAAGACGCGGAUGUAAUGAUCGACGUGCAUGAUGCCCGUGUGCUUGUUCAAUGGCCACGGAAUGACCGCAAAGGUUCCUCUUCGGCUGAGUCUGACCAAGCCUGGGAGGAGAGCUCUCCUCAACGAAACCCUCAGCCGCGCCUUAACGGUCCUGGCAGCCCCUUGAAGGAACAACAUCGCCUUGUAUCGCCGGUUUCGCCGUCACCUGCGGUCCGGUCUAGAAUUCCACCGUCGUCUCCCUUACUAAGUCCAAGUCGGAUACAGAGUACUAUCACUAUUUAUGAGGAUAAUAACUCGCCCACGUUCGUCGAAGGGGAUGAGAAAGAACCUGUUGAAUCACAUCCACCAGUUUUGGGAGCAUCGAGCAGCUCACAACACAGUGCCUUGAGCGAGUUGUGUCAGUCUUAUGAUGACUUCUCUGACCAUGAUGAGGAAAACGACCCCAUUGUUCAUUCUUUCGGUCCAUUCGGCGAAAACCUGUUGCCUCGUAUGGCGUCGUUUCGCGCAGGGGACUCGCCAACAAGACCCCGUGUCUCUCGUCCCCAAUUAGAGCCGCUUCGACCAGUGGAUUCCCCUCCGCAAUCUCUCGCAGCCACAACCUCGACCAAAGAAACAAGGGAAGAGGAAACAAAGGUAGACGAAGGGAGAAAGGCAGCCAUUGCUUCAAUCCAGAACCAUGCCGCCAACCAACUCGCCUUUUCUCGUCUAUCAUCAACUCCUUUCUCAACCAUCCUGCAGAACUUGCCCACAUCACUAUGGAAAGAUGAGAAAACUUCGGCUGAACUCUUCUCCCGAGGCGAGCUCCGCACCCUCCUUGAAGAUUCGAAAUGUAUCGGUGAGGUCAUACGAGAAGGGAAGGAUGCCGCUGGAAAGGCACUGGAAAGCGAAUUCUACUACAUCCCCGACUUUGAUGAAGACCAAAUGCGCCGACAAGCUGUUGUCAAUGAUCUACGGAAACCCGGUUUACGAAACUGCAGAAAGCAGCACAAGCAAUACUUCUGGCGAAAACCAAAGUAG